AUCCACUACCGUCGAAGCCUGAUCAUCAAAUCAGCCUCCCGAGCAACACAUUGCACUCUUGCACCGACUCACACUCUUGUUCUUCCCACCCUCACCAUGUUCAGCGCCUCAAUGUUCCGCCGUGCCCCCUCAGGGCUUGCUCCCCUAUCACGAAGCUUCACCACGACCCGCGCGCAAAACUCGGCACGCAUGAACAUCAUCGGCCGCCUGGGAGCAGAGCCUGAGCUCGUGAGCACCAGCACUGGACGCGAUCUGGUGCGAUAUGUCAUUGGAACUGACAGUGGACCAAAGGACAACAAGAAGACUAGCUGGUUUCGCGUCGCUUGUUUCGACGAGGGCCCGAGGAAAGAUUAUGUUCUUGGCCUUCCCAAAGGCUCGCUUGUCCACGUCGAGGCUGAUGCGAGAAUUGAUGUCUACGACGACCCGAACGUAGAGGGUAAGAGAGCUUCGUCUCUCAACCUUGUCCAAAGAAGCAUCGACGUUCUCGGCCGUCCACGCAACGAGGGCGAGGCGGCUGCCAUGAGUGGUUGAGCAAUGGCUGAACAAGGUUCCCUGCGUGUUUUAUGUUUCUAUAAUGUGGAAUUGGAGGGUUCAGGUGCUCACCACGUGGAUGUAGGAUGUUUUGUCGAUGACUAUCGCUGUAUAAUAGCUUCUGAUGAUUCCCAACUCUGGCAGUGCCAAAUUCAUCUGUUUCACUAUGCGCAUCGCACAAUUGCUGUCAAAAACUCGAUUACAUAUGCAGCUGAAAACUCUACUAGUCAACAAAUUGCGUAUCUGAAUUACCGCAGCUCUUGUGCUGCUCUUC